AUGGAAGAGAAGAAGGCAGAAUCGACGAACAAGAAUGUUAAGAAGGCCAAUCUAUUGGACCACAACUCGCUCAAGCAUAUCCUCGACGAGUCCGUCUCCGAUAUCGUUACGAGCCGUGGCUACAAGGAGGAUGUGAGGUUGAGCAACCUUAAAUUGAUCUUAGGGACGGUGAUUAUCGUUGUUGCUCUUAUUGCUCAGUUCUACAAUAAGAAAUUCCCUGAGAACAAGGACUUUUUGAUUGGAUGCAUCGCAUUAUAUCCUUUCUUUUUGUUGAAUGGGGUGUUGCAGCUGAUUCUGUACACUAAGGAGAAGAAUGCGAUUUUGUUCACUUAUCCUCCUGAGGGAUCAUUCACCAGUACUGGCUUGGUGGUAUCUUCAAAACUGCCCAGAUUCUCUGAUCAGUACACUCUCACCAUUGACAGUGCGGAUCCAAAAUCAAUCUCAGCUGGGAAGCCAGUCCACCUCACCAAAAGUUCACAAAAGAAGGGGUUCUUGUUGAGGGUUUAUUCUGGAAAGACGUGGAAGCACUAA